AUGGGAUCGAUUCUAGAACUGAUUAGCGCUUAUCGCAAUAAUCGCAAAAUUCUUCUUCUAAUUGUUUAUAUAGCAUUGUUUUUGGAUAACAUGCUUCUGACAACAGUUGUUCCUAUUAUCCCGGAGUACCUCCUUCGUUUGGAGCAUCCCAACGAAACGGCUCAGCUGUUUGACGAAGACAGCAAACUUCGAGUAAAGCGACAGUGGGAUGAUGAUACCAGCUGGGAUAUUCCUCUAAGACUCGAUGAGGACGAUAGGAUUGAUUGGGAUGAGAACCCAAUGGGACCUAGAGGGCGGAUUUCCAAGCAGAAGAGCUCAAGAAGGAAACAAUCGAAAAAUAAGGAUUAUGACGGAAGAAGAAAGUAUAUGAAACCAGCAGCCCCAAAGGUCCGUCCAUCGGACUAUGAUGAGGAUGAGCAACAAACUCCAAGACCAAUGACGGAUAAAGAGAGGCAUAAGCUCCUCACAUCGGAAAAUGUGCAUGUUGGAUUGAUGUUUGGAUCAAAGGCUUUGGUGCAAUUGUUGGUGAACCCGUGGAUCGGUCCUCUUACUAACAAGAUUGGAUAUACCGUCCCCAUGUUUGGUGGAUUCGUCAUUAUGUUUAGCUCCACUAUUCUAUUUGCCUUUGGAGAGUCUUAUUUCGCAUUGUGGCUUGCACGCGCUCUGCAAGGUGUUGGUUCGGCUUGUACAAGUACAUCUGGAAUGGGAAUGCUUGCGCAAGCGUAUCCGGAUGAUUUGGAGCGUGGUAGUGCGAUGGGUAUUGCGCUCGGUGGCCUAGCACUUGGUGUCCUUGUCGGGCCACCAUAUGGCGGAUUACUGUACCAGUGGAGUGGCAAAGAGUUGCCGUUUGUCCUCCUUGCCCUUUUGGCACUGUUCGAUGGAAGCCUCCAAUUUCUCGUUCUUCAACCAAAAAUUGACAGAGGGGAGCCAGAAGGCUCUACAAUCAAACAAUUGGCAAAGGAUCCAUAUAUUAUCAUUGCCGCUGGGGCCAUUACUAUUGGAAACUUGGGAAUUGCGAUGUUGGAGCCGUCUUUGCCGCUAUGGAUGAUGGAAUCCUGGGGUGCAAGCUCUUUGGAGCGAGGAGCUGCUUUCCUACCGGCUUCGAUCUCCUACCUUAUCGGAACUAAUAUUUUCGGACCGCUAGCUCACAAAAUUGGAAGAUGGUUGUCAUCGUUCAUCGGACUCGUUGUCAUCGGAUUCUCGCUUCUCUCUGUCCCAUCGGCUACUUCCGUUGCUGGACUCAUUAUCCCGAAUGGACUUCUCGGUUUUAGUAUUGGAAUGAUUGAUGCUUCGAUGUUCCCACUUAUGGGAUAUCUUGUGGACAUUCGCCAUGUUGGAGUUUACGGAUCGAUCUAUGCUAUUGCUGAUGCCGCGUUCUGUUUUGCUUUCGCGUUGGGACCAUUCUUCUCGGGACCCCUUGUGAAAACAUUGGGAUUCCCAACAAUGAUGUAUAUCAUUGCUAUCAUCAGCUUCCUUUACGCCCCAUUGAUGUUCCUAUUGAGAAAUCCGCCAGUUUUGAUUGACACUACAACGCAGGCGUCGGCAGCUGAGCGCUCCAACGGUGUUACCGAUGAACCAUAUGAGCGCAUCGAAGGAAGAAACAUCGCCGGACAAAUCCAGAGAAACGAUAUUUACGCAACCACUAGCGCAUUUUAA